AUGUCUCACCACAUUCAAGGAGAACAGUUGAGCGAUUCGCAAAGCAGCUCGCAUUCGAGAAACUUGUUAACUAAGGAAACCUUUGAGGGUUCGGAUGAAGCCAAUGGGAAGUUGGACACGGACUUGGAGCAAGCGCCACAGCAGUACCACCCAACAGGUGAAAACAACAACAACAACGACAACUACGAUAAUGACGGGGACAUACUACUCAACUACUAUCCUGAUAUGAUCAAUGCCGAAUCAGAUCCUCAUUUAUCGCGAGAAAUCUCCCGGAGAAUCACAAACAGCGGUGGUUCGUUCAGAACUGUUCAGGUGCCUCCGAACAGUACCAUGCACCUUAUAGGCGAAGGCCGUGAAUUGCCCCCCUCGCUACCCGACAGGACCCCCUACACGGUGUCGUUUGCCGGUGUCGACGACCCAUACCAUCCGCACAACUACCCCAUGUGGAAGAAGGUUAUGUUUUCCAUCUGCGUUGCAUUCAGCGCAUUGUCGGUGUCGCUCGGCUCGGCCAUGUUCAGUAACGGAAACGAGCAGAUAAUGGAGGAAUUCCACGUGGGUUGGACGGUGGCUGCCUUGGGGACCUCGCUAUACGUGUUUGGAUUUGCUGCGGGCCCCGUGAUACAUGGACCGAUGUGUGAAAUCUUGGGCAGAAAAUUCAUCAUGGUGUUAUCGUGUUUAGGCUACGUUAGUUUCUCGUUUGGUGUCUCCACGGCAAAGGACAUCCAAACGGUGAUGAUUUGUCGUUUCUUUGCUGGGUUCAUUGGAAGUGCCCCAUAUGUGGUGGCCCCGGCAGUCAUGGUUGACUUGUUCCGCGCUCAAUGGCGCGGGGUUGCCAUCGCCAUCUUUGUAUGCAUGUUGUUCGGAGGUCCCGUGAUUGCCCCCGUCUUGGGAGGCUUCACCGCUAAAAACAGCAGUUUGGGAUGGCGAUGGUGUUCGUACUUUUCAGCCAUUGUAGGCUGCUUGGCCUUAUUUUGCAACACCUUUUUACUUGAAGAAACGCACCACCCUUUGCUCUUGGCUAAGAAAGCCGAGUUUUUAAGAAGACACACCGGCAACUGGGGGAUAUUUGCUCCUCAUGAAGAAGUGUCAUUGGACUUGAAGGAGAUUGUUGAGAGCAGGCUUGCUAGACCGAUCAAGUUGUUGUUCACCGAGCCCAUCAUUUUCUUGAUCAGCAUCUACAACGCGUUCAUCUACGGUAUGCUUUAUAUGUUCCUCACAGCGGUACCGUUGAUUUUCCAAACCAGGUACCACUGGAGACAAGGUGUUGCAGAGUUGCCCUACAUCUCGAUGUUGUUGGGAGUGUUCUCGGGCGGUGGCAUGAUUGUGUUGUACGAAUUGCACGUGCAAAAGAGGCAAAUGAGCGGUGGACGUAAAGUCACCCCGGAAGACAGGUUGCCACCGGUGAUGGUGGGGGGAUUCACGUUUGUUAUCGGGAUCUUUUGGAUGGGCUGGACGGGUGACUACGCAGAGCACGUGCAUUGGAUAGUUCCCACCAUUGGUGCUUUUUUCAUUGGAAACGGAUUAAUGGCGAUUUUCUUGCCCACGAUGAACUAUGUCAUUGACUGUUAUUUGUUCAUUGCUGCAACCGCAUUGGCUGCCAACACCUUUGUCAGAUCGAGUGUGGCUGCAGCAUUCCCACUUUUUGCAAGGCAAAUGUUUGUCAACUUGACCAUCAAAUGGGCUUCGACGUUGGUGGGAUGUUUGGCUCUCUUGAUGAUACCGUUGCCCUUUUUGUUUUACCGGUAUGGUGCUGCCAUCAGAAGAAAAUCAAAAUACGCGUUGCACUGA